AUGGCCAACAAAACAGCUCGCGCCGACUUUGAAAAGGUCUUUCCGGAGUUGGUGCAGGAUCUACUAGGUGAAGCUCAGAAGUAUAAUCUCCCCGAAAAUGCUCUGAAAUGGUUCGAACAGUCUCUCAAUGCGAACACACCCGGCGGAAAGUUGAACAGAGGCAUCUCAGUACCGGAUACGGCCCUGCAACUCCUCGAGCGACCCUUGAGCCCCGAAGAGUUCAAAGACCUUGCCACGCUAGGAUGGCUCACCGAACUCCUACAAGCCUUCUUUCUCGUGUCUGACGACAUCAUGGACUCCAGCAUCACCCGACGAGGUGAGCCAUGCUGGUACCGUCAAAAAGGAGUGGGAAUGAUAGCGAUCAAUGAUGCUUUCAUGCUUGAAUCGUCCAUAUACCUGAUCCUCAAGAAGCGUUUCCGCACGCACCCUGGAUAUCUGGAUCUGGUCGAAAUGUUCCACGAGGUGUCAUGGCAGACGGAGCUGGGACAGCUCUGUGAUCUGAUCACGGCCCCUGAAGAUCAUGUUGACCUGAACAAUUUCAGCAUGGACAAAUACACCUUCAUUGUCAUAUACAAAACCGCCUACUACUCCUUCUAUUUGCCUGUGGCGCUCGCCUUGCACUAUCUCCAACUGGCGUCUCCGGAGAAUUUGAAGCAGGCGCAUGACAUCCUGAUCCCUCUUGGUGAAUAUUUCCAAAUCCAGGACGACUAUCUCGAUGCGUUCGGCGAUCCUGCAUUUAUUGGAAAGAUUGGAACGGACAUCAAAGACAACAAGUGCGGAUGGUUGAUCAACCAAGCAUUGUUGAUCACUACACCCGAACAAAGGCAAUUGCUGGAGGAGAACUAUGGCCAGAAGGAUGACGAGAAGGAAGCCAAAGUCAAGCAAUUGUACCACGAGCUGCAGUUGGAGAAGAGGUACCAGGAUUACGAGGAGAAAAAAGUGGGUGAGUUGCGCAGGCUGAUUGACGCAAUCGAUGAGAGCAAAGGCCUGAGGAAGGGUGCAUUCGAGGUGUUUUUGGCCAAGAUUUACAAGAGAACCAAGUAG